AUGUCUCGCAACGCUCUUGUUACUGGUGCCGCUCGAAGUAUUGGACGUGCGAUUGCCCUCCGUCUUGCUAGAGAUGGUCUCAAUGUUGCUGUGAAUGAUAUCAAAGCAAGUACUUCAGGUCUCAACAAGGUUCAACAAGAAAUCGAAAAAAUGGGUCGAAAAUCUGUCGCUAUAACUGCUGAUGUUUCUUUUAAUAAAGCAGUCGAAACAAUGAUGCAGAGCGCUGCAAAAUAA